AAAAAUGUUUUUAUUAACACAACAUGUUUAGAAGAGCAGUAGGAAUCGUAAAGUACGCUUAUAAAAUCGGUCAACUAUUGAAAAAGAGAAACCUAACAGGUGAAAAACGGGACACGGAAUAAAAGAUAUGGUCUUGAAAAUUAGUUCCAAAUUUAAAUUAAGCUUUGUGACUUAGAUGUUUUUGGCUAUUUUUCUAUCGCGUUCAGCUACUUUUUUUUUGAAAACUCACUUGCUAUCGAUAACCAGAAGAAAAAACAGGUGGGGUGACACUGUUUUUUGAGUUUAGCACGCUGCACGUUUGUUUUGAUUUUAUUGGUGCAGAAAAACGCUUUUGAAAUGGCUAAAACCAAACGCAACGUGAGGGCCAAGGCGAAGAGUGUGGUGGGGGCAGCCAAGCAGAGGGCUCAGGAUAUGCAGGCGAAGCUUCGGCAGGAUAAGCUUCUCCACAAAACACUCACGCCCAAAAAGAUGACCACCAAAAAGGAAAAGACCGAGGCGAAACACAAGAAGCUUCUCAAACGCUUUGCCGAAUCGCGAAAGGAACGCAAGGAGGAGCAGGCUCGCAAGAAUCGCGAGAAGACCAAGGUCGUUGGAGACUUGAAACCCCUACGUGACGCCCUGCCCUCCCUACAGGACAUCUACAAUCUGGUGAAAACCAAGCAAAAGGAUUCUGUCGAACAAGCUGCUCUCACCGAGCCGGAAGUCCCUCUGAGUGCCAACGAAAAGAUCCGGAAAAAACGUAACGACAUAGUUAACCGCGUCAAGUCUUUCGAAAAACUCAUCAAGGACAAGAACUUUAAAAAGAAUCCCCGCGAAGUAGUUGCCAGCCAUGUGCGCAACAAAUAUCUUGCAAUGGAAGAAGACGACGAUGAAUAGAGCCUAAACUCCCUAUUUAAUAAUUUUACACUUAAGCCUUACUCUUAAAGCAAUACAGAUGUAUUUAACAUUAUGUGACUGUGAAUAGAUGACAAUAAUUCUUCACUGAAUGCCUCAAACCACAAACCAAAAUCAUCGAAAUUAAACCUUUAACCAAAAA